CGUCUCUCUUCCUCAUAUUUUAAACCCCACCAUCUUCUCCACCAUAACAACCCAAACAGCUUAACAAACACAUUCACCAGAUGCUCGAAGAUCAGAGACACGCCCAUGGCGGCGGCCCACCACACGGGGUGCUGCUCGCGGUGGUGGUCGGCGUAGUGGUUCUGGUUCCUUUCUUCCUCGGAGACCAAGGAGAAGCCAUAACCGAAGCAAUCUCGGAACUCUUGAGUCCGGUAGGUCUUCUUCUUCUCCCCAUUCUUCUUCUCUUAACCAUCCAGUUUCUCUCCUCAGAUCGUGGCUCUUUCGUCUCCGCCAUUUUCUCCACCGGCGAACCCGAUACUAUCCAUCGGGUUAGCGGGUCACCAGUCGGAGUCGCGCUUUUCCUUGUUUUGAUUCUGUUCUUGCUUUAUUAUCGUGUUUCGAUCUUCGGCGGUGAUGAUGAUUCUGGUGAUUGAUUCUGUUCUUCUGUAUGGAUCUGAGUUUUCUCGCUUUUUUUUUUUGUUUUGAAUUUUGAAGAUAGUUUUUGUACAAAUACCGGGGACGUAGACUUUCGUGUACGAACAAGGAAGGAGGUCCGUAAUUUACGAAAAUACCCUUAAGAGUUAAAAAUGUAUGACGAGUUUCUUUGAAGGGUAUUUUUGUCAAUUAAAAUAGUAGACGCUGAUAAUUGGGCUGCUAAUUACACAUUUAUCCUUCUGCUCAUCGGUUACUCCUCAAUAGGCAGAGGGUUAUUAUCGUCUUUUUGAUAUGUAUACGCCUCGACUGAGAUGUGAGCUACGGUUCCGGUGGCUCUGCUGAUGAAGACCGACUGCCAUCUGUUGUAUUAUUAUUUUUUAGUAUGUAUUACAAAAUGGGCUUAAAUUAUAUACAAGUAUUAUAAAUCCAAAAUAA